AUGACGGGACUUCUCAGUGGAUUGCUCCUCUCAGCCCUAAUCCUGGUUCAGGUGAAUGGCGUACCCAAAGUCCAACCUCUCAGAUCUGGUCCACAGGUUUCAGCUGGUCUGUGCAGGAGUAAACCAACUGACCUAAUCUUUAUUAUUGACAGUUCUAGGAGUGUACGCCCAUCUGAAUUUGAACAGGUGAAAGUGUUUGUAUCUCAGGUAAUUGAAUCUCUUGACAUUGGUCUAAAUGCCACCCGCGUCGGGGUGGUUAACUACGCCAGUACCGUCAAAAAUGAGUUCCCCCUCAAUGCACAUCGCAACAAGGCAGGCGUCCUGCGAGCUGUCUCCCAGAUCCAGCCACUCUCCUCUGGUACCAUGACUGGCCUCGCCAUCCAAUUUGCAACCAACAUUGCUUUCAGUGAGUCUAAUGGGGCACGGGUCAAGAAUGGCGCAGCCAGCAAGGUUGCCAUCAUUGUGACCGACGGCCGGCCCCAGGACCGAGUGCAGGAGUCAGCCACUCGAGCCAAGCAGAGUGGCAUUGAGAUAUUUGCCAUUGGCGUGGGCAAGGCAGAGAUGAGCUCACUGCGUGAAAUUGCCAGCGAACCCCUGGAAGACCACUUAGACUAUGUGGAAAGCUACAGUGCUAUCGAAAAACUUUCCAACAAAUUCCAAGAAGCCUUCUGCGUGGUGGAUCUUUGUGCCAGUGGAGAUCAUGAUUGUGAACACAUCUGUGUGAGCACUCCUAGCUCUUACAAAUGUGCCUGCAAUGAAGGAUUCACAUUAAAUCCGGAUGGAAGAACAUGUAGCACUUGCAGUUCAGGAGGCAUUGAUUUAGCUUUCGUCAUUGAUGGGUCAAAGAGUGUGAGACCUGAAAACUUCCAGCUGGUAAAAAAAUUCAUCAACCAGAUUGUCAAUACCCUAGAGGUUGGUGAUCAGAACGCACGUAUCACCCUCAUUCAGUACUCCAGCUCAGUCAGGACAGAAUUCCCUCUCAACAAGUUCAAAACCAAACAAGACAUUAAGGCCGCAGUCAAGAACAUGGAGUACAUGGAGAGAGGAACAAUGACAGGCCUGGCCCUACAACAUCUGUCUGAAAAAGUCUUCGUUCCAUCACAAGGAGCGAGGGAAAAUAUCCCAAAAGUCGGAAUUGUCUUUACAGAUGGUCGUUCACAGGAUUACAUUAAUGAUUUUGCUCAAAAAGCCAAAGAUCAAGGAAUUAGGAUGUUUGCAGUUGGAGUGGGGAAUGCACUUGAGGAAGAAUUAAGGAUUAUUGCUUCAGAUCCAGUGAAGGAUCAUUAUUAUUAUACUGCAGAUUUCAAGACGAUGAACAAAAUUGCUGACAAAUUACAGGUUAAAAUAUGUGCUGCACCUAUUAAAGAUCCUUGUGCCUGCGAAUCACUCGUGGAAUUCCAGACAAAUGUCGAGAAAAUAAUCAAAACACUGACAGCAAAACUAGGUGCCUUUACAAAAAAACUGGCAGCUCUUGAGAACAGACUUCUUGUCUAA